UGUGUAUAUGAAAAAUAGAUAGGAUUUGACGCAUACUUUGUUUUAUUUUUUCAACAUGGAGGUCAUUGAAGAUGGCAAUAUUAUGGACAGGAUUCCUAUCCUGUUGCAAAGAGAUUUGGAAUAUUAUCAGAAUAACCAAACAGUGCUCUCAGAGAAAGUUUGCAGUGGUGUGGUUGGUGGGAGGCUGGAUUUCCCGAGAAGCGCCUCAUUUGCAGCUGUCAAAAUUGUACUGUGGCUUGAAGAAGAGUUCUCGAUUGCAUUUAAACAAGGUUCUGGUAUGUUUGUCACUCUGGAGGAUGAAAAUAUUGAAGCAGGUGUUGCUAAAACUUCUGAUCCAGAUAAAUUUGUGCAGCUUGCAAUCAAAUCUAGUGAUUCUCUUUUAGAGCAUCUCCAUAUGCUAGCACAAGAAGCAUUAGACCAUGCUGACUUGCCAGUAUUAACUGCGACUUUGGGCGCAGCUGCGUUACUGAAAAACAGUCUUUACUGUUAUUUACAGCAUAUUGAGGAUACUGGCCUUGCUGAAAUGCAGUCUGUAAUGCAGGCCUGCUACAAAAGAUAUGUAACAAUGUCUGAAGCCGUCGGCGAAAGGGUAUUAGACCUUCACAAUAGAGUGCUAUCUCUAUACAUUCUGCAGGAUUCCGGUGGAAGACCAAUAGAUAUUCAAGGCAGAAGUGUACACGAUACUGGCACCCCUUCGGUUCAAGGCUGGUGGCUUUACAUGAAUGGAAGUAGAAAAGACCUCUGGGACACAGUACCUCCGCGAAUGGCACAACGGAUAUUUGCAGGAAUGCUCAAUGAAACACUGACUAUCCUUACAGUCAGAUACUGUCAGACGAACACGACAGAUUCAACCACACCACUGCUAAUCAACGAUAUUCUGAACGUGUUGCUAUGUGUUGCGCAACUGUUGCCCUGCAUAUGUAGCACGGGCGCGGACUUGGCUGGUCUGGAACGGUCGAGCCAAUCUCGCGAUGUAAGGGACGUGCACGCUAAGUGUAACGAACUGUUUAAGUGUAUGGUGUAUAGAGGUGCGGAAUUACACUUUUUACAUCAGGCAUUUAAAGAAAAAGAAGAACCAAUGUUAAAGGACAGUCCCUAUCCAUGGUUCACAUUCGUGAGUCCCAAUCUGUUUGAAGCAUUCGAUGACGUCACCGCCACCACGCAGGAUUUACCAAAUAAAACGGCGAUCGGCUUGGAACUUUUUGUUUUGUUGGCUCAGCCGCAGCCCUCGUGGGCUUUGUUAGUCAAGGUGCUUAUGAUGCGAAACUGUCAUCUCACAAGGAUGCUAAUAAUUCAUGCGAUUCGACACAUGUCGACGGAUAAUUCACGUUGGCCAGCUGAUGGGUUGUGGUACAGUCUUGAUGGUAGAAGACAGAAAUGUGAUGGGUUUCUGUGCACAGCUGACGGGUUCUGUAGAUUUAAACCUGAUAGUAAUAAAGGGGAAGAAUACGCAAGAGCAGCAGGCGCACUCACGUACAUUUUGUCAAAUAUUGGAAGUAAGACUGAAUUAAAGUCUACUUUAUGUUACGCUUUAGAAAUAUCGGGAAGAGAUUGGUCUGCGUGUCUGGAUAAACGACAGGUGUGGUGUGAUAGACGACCUCCAUGGCUGGCCGCGGUGUUAGCUCUAGUGGGUACAACACUACAGUUUAUUCCAUCUAUGCUAGUGAAUGCUAUUCAAACCGGCGCAUCUAUGUAUCAGACAAUGUCCAUAUGCCUUGCUUGCAUAUCCCGAUCACUGCAAUGCGUUCCAAAAAGUUUUUUUAACACUGGGGAAGUAAUUCAAAAGGCUCUACCAUCUAAUAUUAACCCUGUGGGUGGAUCCGUAAUACUGCAAAUGUUGAUUACUGUUGUAUAUGAGGAAUUAUUGAAAUGGGCCAAGAAGGAAGCCGCGAAACAAGGAAACAUGUCAAACGGCGAAGCGCAUGAUAUGAACGUCCGGCAUCGACCCAGACCGAAACAAGUUAAAAUAGCUUCAAUGUAUACUACAACAUCCAGUUCAAUAAGUUUCGACGGCAGCCACAGUUCCCCCUCAUCUAUCGCACUCGCCGUAGCCGAAGCGCUCUGUUCCAUAGAUGAGGAGGACAAACAUACAGCUGAAAUAGAAGCUUUGGUAGCGGAGACGAAGAAAACGUAUUCUAUAUCGGAUCAGUUUGGUCUGGAGGACUUUCCGGAGUUUGCUGAGUUUUUUGAAGAGGGUAAUGUACCAGCGUCAAAUGCAGAGAAAGCAAGCGACGCCGCAGCAUUGACUAGUCAAAUAUUAAUGACAUCGGCUGGCAGAGAUAGCCUAAGAGUAAUAUACGAUCACAUGUAUUUACACUCGGAAAGGAUUUACAAGGAAUUAGGCAUACAAGAUAAUUCCGAGGCAAAUAUUACGUUGAACAAGGCACCGCUGUUAUACAUUAUGUUUCAUAUUGGGAAGAGACCGUUUGAUCAGUAUUUCCGUGGAGAAUGGUCGAUGCCGUGGAGUAGAUUAGUAACAACAGCAAGAUCGUGGUCCGGUAUAGAGGGCGCUAAGGUGCACAUAAACAGACGGACAGAAUUCCGCAAUAUAAAGAACCAAAGCAAAAAUAAUAAACAACUAAUGGAGUUGUACUCUAUGUUUAGAACUCAGCCUGGAGGUUUAUUGUAAAAUUAGACUAGUUUCCUCCCGCGGCUUCGCUCGUUUAGAUAAAAAUAUAUAUUCCAAGUUAUGGGAAAUUAAAUGAAACCGUGAAAAGUAGCCUAUAUAUCACUUUUUAGCCUCCUUACUAUCUCCAAUCACAAUGUUAAGGAAGAUCAUCAUAUUUUCGCAUUUAAAAAAGAAAAACUAACUACUUAUUAUUUUGUAUGGUUUAAUAAUUUAUAUGUCUGUAAUUGUAAUUGGUAGUUGGAUGGAUUGAAUCAAAAUAUUACUUACAUCGGCGCACUUUUUAUAAAUAAAUAUUGUAUUUUAGAUUUACAACUGCACUAACCUAUUGAAUGAUAAUAAUAAUAUUAUGUAAUAGUAGCUUAGAAGUGUCUCGAUAAUUAUUGUCUACUGCAGAACAUACCCUUUAUAUACGUAGUAUAUUAUUAUUAGCCUGUGCCUUUAUUUAUAUUCUCAAGUCACGUAUAGCUUAUUUCAAUAAAACAAUAUUGAUGACAAAA